AUGUCCUACAAUUUCAAUGAUGAUUCCUGCCAAUGGUUCACAUCACCUGAGGAUUUAGAAAGAGACGGUGAUAUAUCGAUUGAUUGCGAUCGGAAUGUUCUAGAGGACCGUGACUACUGUAGUCAGGAGGAGCCUUGGGGUACUCCAUUGAAUUGUAAUGAGGAGGUGGAGAGCAGUCAAGGGAAUCAGAUCCCUCAUGACCAAGAUGGAAUGGACUAUGGUAACCUGGCCCUGGAUGUGUACGGCGACGACAAUUUUGGACAGGAUUUCGGACAGAAGGAUAUUGGCACAGACUCCCAAGUGCUCAAUGACAAUACAUACCAAAAUCCUACGUCUCAAAUUCAGACUGCUCAGAUCCCAGAAAGCACUGAGAUCUUGCACGACGACGGGAUCUUUUUUGACAGUUUCCAAGAUCCUAUCAUGGAUGAGAUCCAGCAACAGAUCCACCAAUAUGUGGGCAUCGACGAAAACGGAAAACAUGUUGAGAAUACUCAACAGCUGGUCGAGCAUCAACAGUCCAAGUCUCAGGUCGACAUGAACCAAACCCUCAUCCCAGUCAAUCACAGCCAGGGGCAUCAGAAGCAGCAUCUGGAUGCUCAGGACCGUCCCAAUCAGGAUUACCAACCCAACAUCCAGGAGCAACAGCCAUCUACUUGGAGCCUACCCAUCCAGAAUCUUCCUCCCGGUCCCUACCGUCUCACCCAAGAGCGUCGACUCCUCCGCACCGCCGCGCCUUACAGUACCAAAUCUACAGUACCCAAGAAAGGAUCUCAGAACAAUCGAUUCGUGGGACUUAUCCCUUCAGUCCUGCUACCAAAAACUCAGACCUCAAAAGCCGCCUUGCCAAGAGGUAAAAGCACACCCAACCCGAAAUAUGUGCAAAUUCUCAUCUGGAGAACUGAGAAGAACCAGAGACCAACGGAAAGUCUCCCCCGCCCUGCGUUCUCCUAUCAAGUUCUGGCGAUGAUGGCGUGUAUGAACUCACCGACGAAAAGUGUCACACCUCAGGAGGUCUAUUCUUUCCUACUCCACCACUUCCCCUACUAUCGCUUCGUUGUUGAUCAAGACUCGUGGAAGAGUUCAGUGAGAAAUGCUCUCUGUAGUGAGAAAUAUUUCUGGAAGAUUUCUGGGCCCGAAAAAGAGUUGAUGUACAAGAUUCGGAGUCCAGAAGCCGUCGGAUUCACAAAGGAAGAGUUGGCAUGGAUUGAGACGGAUCCGAGGGGAAAAGAAUUCUUCUCCAAAAUGGCACUCGGUCAUCUGGGUCUGCCCCGUCAACUCUUUUACACCAUCAUCGGAAUCGGAUGCCCCCAAUACGCGGGUCCAGAAAACUCCGCCCUCUUCUAUCAUCUCUGGUCCCUAGGCCUUGAUUUCAAUGAUCUCCACAACGAAAACCCCUUCCGAAUCCAUGUGUCACCAUUUGAGGGGGCGGAGCCAGUGUUCGAUGAAGGACACGAAUUUCUGAAAAUGGGGAGGAAGAGGAUGUUGGUGGAGAAGAGAUUCGGAUAUGCGUGUAAUUUGGAGGACGGAGAAAAAAAGAAGUGGUCGAUGGAGGAAAACUCGAAAUUCUUCGAAAAUCUCCAUUGGUAUUUUGUGCAGAUGGAGGAGAUGAAGAGACGGAAUAUGGAGAAUUGGACGACGCCUUCGUUGGUCGGAUCGAAUUUUUUGAUUUAA